AUGGAACAGUUGCGAAAGAAAGUCAAUGAAGAGGAACAUAUGCUUCGUCGCGUCUAUGCUAAGAAGGCUGCGCUGGCUGACAAGCCUCUGCUCAAGGAGAAAUAUCCUCUUUUGGUGCCUGUUUUUGGAAAUGAGGAUAUUUUCGAUUGUGUCGCGCUCAGCAAGGAGGAAAAGAAUACUCCAAAGGCCUUCCCAUUGGAGGGAAAAAGAAAGAGUGCUGGAACGCGAUCCAUUGUCGAUCGAGCUGGCUUCGCCACAAACUGGAGAAUUUUUAGUGAGAAUCUUCUGACACUCGUUAAUUGGGAUAAUGUGUUUGUUGCUGGAGGAGCAGUGCUCGCUUGUCUUCUUCCUCCUCCUCCUAAAGCUACCAAGAACUACAAGUGUCUUCGAAAGUACUUCCAUGAAGAUGUGUAUGCUGGAUCUGAUAUUGAUCUCUUCCUUUAUGGAUUGAAUGAAGAAGAGGGAAAGAAAAAGUUGAAUGAGAUUUAUGAGGCUGUGUGCAACGAGAUUCCUUAUACUGCGCUGGCAUUCCGUUCUGCUUAUGCCAUCUCGAUUGUUUCUCAGUUCCCUUAUCGCCACAUCCAAAUUGUGCUUCGUCUCUAUUCCUCGCCUGCGGAAAUUCUGAUGGGCUUUGAUGUCGAUUCCUGCUCCUGCGGAUUUGAUGGAAAGCAAGUGUACAUGACUCCUCGUUGCCAUCAGGCCUUGAUCCGCCAGAUGAAUACAGUGGACAUGACCCGUCGUUCUCCCACGUAUGAGCUUCGCUUAGCCAAGUAUGCGGACCGUGGAUUUGAAGUGGAAGUUCCGAUGCUGCAGCGAGAAAAGAUCGAUCCGAUGAUCUUUGAGAAGCCUUGGGAUGAGGUGCGAGGAUUGGCCAAGUUGCUGCUGCUGGAGAAGCUCCGAACGCCCGAGGCUCGGUAUGCGUAUCGCCAGCGAACUGCAGGUCCGAAUGCUAAUUUCUCGUACAAGGUCGAUUCAAUGAUGCGAGAUCCCUAUCUGAAAAAGCGUCUCGAGUUCUCUCCCGAGAAGGCGUCGGAUUAUUCCACCGUCUUCCUUCCUUGGGGUCCGUCCUGGAACGCCAAGCGAAUCCGCAAGUUGAUGAUGACCAAGGAUAUCGUGCUGAACAGCGACUGGAGUGAGAUUUACAACAACCGUGGAUAUCACACUCACCCCUGCUGGGUCGGCUCUCUGGAGGAAGUGAUUAAAGAUUGCUGUGGAGAGUGCCCUGAAAUUCCUGCGUCUGUGGAUCCUGAGACUUUGGAAUGCUUCGUUCGCGGACCUCUUUCGUUCAUUGUGGAUGAUCCGGGUCGCCAGUCGAUCGGAUCGUUCCAUCCGAUCACCGAUGGAGAUUGGACGGAUGGCGCCUAUUUGAGCAAGGAUUCUGAAAAACUGACCGCAGCAGCGAAUUGCGGAGACUUGGAGACGAUCAAGGCCAUUGUUCCCAAUCUCUGUAAGGUCGAUACUCCCGAUGCGCUCGGACGAACUGCGCUGCAUCUGGCAGUGCUCAGCAAUCAGGUGGAAGCGGCCAAGCUGCUUUUGGACUUGGGUGCGGAUGCUACGCUUCAUCUGAAAGAUGGACGUUCUGUGCUCCAUAUUGCUGCCGAAUACGGAUACAUGGAGAUGUUGGCUGUGCUGUUUGAGAAGCUGAAGCUGUCCAAGAAGGGAGAAUCGAACUCGGAGGAGUCGGGAGAGGGAAUGGACUUGGAUGAGGUGAACAAGAACACACAGCUGUCUGCUCUUCACUAUGCAGUUCUGUUUGGUCAUGUGGAUUGUGCGGAGUUUUUGCUGCAGAAUGGAGCGACCUGCGAUCGAAUGAUCUGGUCUGCUGACCACAAUGUGGCGGUUUCUGUCAUUUUGCUGGCAGCGCACUGCGAAUACUUUAGCAAGCAGGUGUCUGUGGAUCUGUAUGAGCUGCUUCAUCGUUAUGGAGCUUCGCUGAAGUUGCUCGACAGUGGAUUUAACAACGUCAUGCAUCAGUUGGCGAACUAUAACUACAUUCACUUUAUGGAGUACAUCUUGAAGCACGAUCCCAUUGCCAAGUCCUUAUGUGAAGAAGUGAACUCGAGCUGCUUCACUCCCGCUUGUCUGGCCAUGUACAAUGGAUACUACACGAUGGCGAAGUUGAUGAUUGAAAUGGGACUGCCUCUUCGUGCUUCGGAGAGUGCUGUGACUCUCACGAACAACCGGUAG